AUGCGUGUCGCCGGCGGCAUUGCUGUCGCCCUUAGCCUUGCGGGCGCUGUGUCCUCCACCAAUCUACACCCUCGCUCCGACGAGUCGCGCGACUUUUUUGCCCUUCAUCUCGAUGCCGCUACUCCUCCUUCCGAGAUCGCACGCUCCUUGAACCUCCGCCACGAAGGCCGCAUCGGAGAACUCCCCAACCACCAUACCUUCUCGUUGCCGCGGGACCAGAGCUCCGACUUAAAUGCGUUAUUGGACGACCUGCAGGCCAGGCGAAAGCUUCGGCAGCGGUCGGGGGAGGUCAUCGUAUCUCGAGACCAAGAUCCGAUCGAUGCCAUCCUGUGGUCGCAUAAGUUGAAAGCCCCGAGGCAACGAUUGGAGAAGCGGAUGCCACCUCCUACCAAGGAAUCCAUCCCGCGAUUUGCGGGGGAGGCGGAAUUGAAGCUUCUCGAGGAACAAAGCGAAAUUAUGACAAUUCUCGGUAUUAGCGAUCCGAUCUUCAGAGAACAGUGGCAUCUCAUGAAUGUCCUGCAACCCGGACACGACUUGAACGUGACAGGCGUUUGGCUGGAAGGUAUCACAGGUCACGGAGUUGCAACGGCAGUGGUAGACGAUGGGUUGGAUAUGGACAGCAAUGACUUGAAGCCCAAUUAUUUCGCCGAAGGCUCCUACGAUUUCAACGAACACUCCCCUACACCGCGGCCUCGUCUGUCCGACGACAAGCACGGUACCCGCUGCUGCGGUGAGAUCGCAGCCGCCAAGAACGACGUCUGUGGGGUUGGUGUCGCCUACGACAGCAAAAUAUCGGGUAUUCGAAUUCUAUCCAAGCCGAUUGAUGACCAUGAUGAGGCGGAAUCCAUUAAUUAUGAAUAUCAGAAGAAUGACAUCUACUCUUGCUCCUGGGGACCUCCCGACGAUGGCGCCACGAUGGAUGCACCGGGACUGUUGAUCAAGCGAGCGCUGGUCAACGGUGUUCAGCAGGGCCGCGGUGGAAAGGGAUCCAUCUUUGUGUUUGCGGCCGGCAAUGGAGCUAUGUAUGGUGACAACUGCAACUUUGACGGGUAUACCAACAGCAUUUACAGUAUCACGGUCGGUGCUAUUGAUCGACAGGGCAACCACCCUACUUAUUCAGAGUCGUGCUCUGCUCAGCUCGUGGUCGCUUACAGCAGUGGUUCCGGUGAUGCCAUUCAUACCACCGACGUUGGUACGGACAAGUGCUACAACUUGCACGGUGGUACCUCUGCGGCUGGCCCGCUCGGCGCAGGCUCAGUGGCACUUGCUCUCAGCGCUCGACCCGAGUUGUCGUGGCGUGAUAUUCAAUACCUGAUGAUCGAGACUGCAGUACCCAUUAGUGAGGACGAUGGUAGCUGGCAGAAGCUUCCUUCUGGUCGAAUCUUCAGUCACGACUGGGGCUUUGGAAAGGUUGAUACGUAUGCCUUGGUCUCGAAAGCGCGCACAUGGGACCUUGUGAAGCCACAGGCUUGGUUCAACUCGCCCUGGCUCCGAGUGCACAAGAACAUUCCCCAGGGCUCUCAGGGACUGCUGAGCAAAUACACGGUGACCGCCGAUCACAUCAAGAACGCGAAUUUCGAUCGGCUGGAGCAUGUGACGGUCACGAUGAAUGUCAACCACACUCGCCGUGGCGAUCUCAGUGUCGAGCUGCGCAGCCCCGCGGGUAUCGUCAGCCAUCUUAGUGUUACUCGCGAGCGGGACGAAGAGAGAGCCGGGUACGCUGACUGGACCUUCAUGUCCGUUGCUCAUUGGGGCGAAUCGCCUGUCGGUGAUUGGACCGUGAUUGUCAAAGACACCGACGUUAAUGAUUUCGAUGGAUUUUUCGUCGACUGGAGACUGAAUCUUUGGGGCGAAUCUAAGGAUGGGUCCAAACAGCCGCUACACCCGUUGCCUGAAGAGCACGACGACGAUCAUCCUUACGAGGACGCUCACGUCGCGACAACAUCUGUGGAGGCAGCACCAACGAAGACGGCCCCUCCUACGAAUCCCGAUGACCACCAUGACCGACCCGUGAAUGAGAAGCCCUCAGACGCCAACCCGACCGAUGCGGCCGAGGAGGAUGAGAAAUUCCCUGCCGAAGAGCUAGAGUCAACCCAGACCGCUCCCAGCCCUACUUCUACCCCCAGUCCCACCUCGGGCUCGGAUACCUCGAAGCAGUACCUGUCAUCAUAUCUGCCUACUUUUGGUGCUUCGAAGCGAACUCAGGUCUGGAUCUAUGCCUCUUUGGCAAUGAUAAUUAUGUUUUUCAUUGGACUGGGCGUCUUCUUCCAGCUCCAGCGCCUCAAGCGCCGCCGCACCAACCCUCAGGACGACUAUGAGUUUGAAAUGAUCGAGGAUGACGAUGAAAUGGACCCCAUGGCUGGGGGUGGUCGCACCCAGCGUCGUGGUGGUGAACUGUACAAUGCAUUUGCCGGAGAAAGCGAAGAGGAGAUGUUUAGUGAUGAUAACGACGAGCCAUACCGGGAUCGGCUGGCCAACAUCCCGGAGAAGGAGGGCGAAGAAGAUAGCCGUCUCCUUUCUGAAAAGCGGUAG